GUGAAGGACAACGGCUGGUACCAGUGCAUCGCCUACAACGACCUCGGAGUUGCCAAGUCCGACCCCGUGUACCUCCUCAACGCAACCAGGGUGUCCUUUGAUACGGCCGGUCAGCCGCUGGUGGAGCUCACUGCGGAGCUCGGCAGGCCCUUCAGCAUGUCCUGUCCCAACGCCACUGGCGACCCCGCACCCGAAGUGACCUGGGCCAUCCAGUCCACGGUGCAGGUGGCAGAAGGCCAAACUCAGCUGACUUUCUUCAAGUCGAACCGCACUGUCGUUGGUCCCGAUGGUACAGCCUACUUUACCCACGUGAUUGCAGAGGACGACUCUGACGUCUCGAACAUCUUGUACAUCUGCCUGGGGGUGAGCGAGAUCGCCCCCCAGGACUACAGCCUCGGCACGACCGUCAAGCUGAAAGUGGUGCCCCCUCGGGACGGCAUCGAGAACGCCAACAAAACCAACCUGAACAUCGAACCUUUCCUGAUGUACGGGUCGCCCAAUAAGACCCUCUUCAGGGGCGGCCAGGAGAACAGACUGUGGUGCAUCUUCGGCGGAGA